CAGUAGCAUAACGCGUGUUGUGAGGCAGGUGACAACCGCUCACUGUGUGUUGACCGGCAGACUUACUGUACUAUACCGGAGCACCGACUCUUGUACCGCAGCGUUACCGCCAGAAAACUCCCCGACUUCAGGGAUUUAUAUCAGGCUGAGAGACUUACAUCUCCGGUGGGACUGUUUUCACCUCAACAUCUGCGACAGAGGACAAUGUUUCUCCUGCAGUACACCGGGCUGAAUGCUCUGCCCUUUGACCCAACCACCAACAGCGACCCUCUCCACUUAAACAGCUCAAGUGGGCCGCUGGUGACAGAGUGUCCUUCCCUGGAAAACUCUGCUGAAAAUGGCAAGAAGAGGAGAAGAACCAGUCUGCUUCCAGACGGGAACCGUAACAUGACCAUGCCGUCUAACUCCAUGACAAUGCCCAUGUCAGACCCCACCGCCUGGGCAACAGCCAUGAGCAACCUGGGGAUGCCUCCGAUAAGCAUGACUGGACAGCAGCUCAUGCCAGAUUUUGACCCCGGUCUCGGGCUGAUAUCUGGCAUUGGCCCCAUAAAUCCCAUGAUGCCUGGCCUGGGCCUGGCGCCCGCACCCAUCUCCCAGGAUGUACCAGUUGUCAGAGAGAUCAUCCACUGCAAGAGCUGCACGCUGUUUCCUCCUAACCCCAACCUUCCGCCUCCAGUCUCAAGGGAACGCCCUCCUGGGUGUAAGACAGUAUUUGUUGGUGGUCUGCCCGAGAACGCCACUGAGCAGCUCAUUGUGGAGGUUUUUGGACAGUGUGGGGACAUUGCUGCCAUAAGAAAGAGCAAGAAAAAUUUCUGCCAUAUCCGAUUUGCUGAGGAGGUUACUGUCGACAAGGCUCUUCUCCUCUCUGGUUAUCGUAUUCGUUUGGGCUCCAGCACAGACAAAAAGGACUCCGGCCGCCUCCACGUGGACUUCGCCCAGGCCAGAGACGACCUGUAUGAGUGGGAGUGUCGUCAGCGCAUGUUGGCGAGGAAAGAGAGGCACCGGCGCAAGAUGGAGGAGGAUCGGCUCCGGCCGCCCUCCCCUCCUCCCAUCGUCCACUACUCGGAACACGAGUGUAGUGAGCUCGGAGACAAGAUCAAAGAUGACAAUAAGUUCCCUGAAUCAGUGCAUGUGCUAUUGACCUGGCUGGAACGAGGUGAAGUCAACCGCAGGAACGCCAACAACUUCUACUCCAUGAUCCAGUCGUCCAACAGCCACAUUCGCCGGCUGAUGAGCGAGAAGAAUCAGCAUGAGAAGGAGAUGGAAGAGGCCAAAGACAAGUUCAAGAUUGCUAUGGCCGCCAUACUGGCUCAGUUUGAACAGAUUGUGUCUGUAUUCCACGCUGCUUCUAAACAAAAGGCAUGGGACCAUUUCUCCAAAGCCCAGCGGAAGAACCUGGAUACAUGGCGCAAGCAGGUCGAGGAGAUUAGAAAUAUACACAAUGAGCAGCUGAUGGGCAUCAGGGGAGAAGAGGAGAUGGAGAUGUCUGACGAUGACAUGGAGGACUCAUCCCCCGCCAACAGCAAAGACUCUGAGGACUCAGGUGUUUCCCAAGCAGAAGCCUUAAAGGAGGAGAACGACUCUCUGCGCUGCCAGCUGGACGCCUACAGGAACGAGGUGGAGCUGCUCAAACAGGAACACGGCAAGAACCAACCAAUCAACAGUGAAGAGGACAACACACACUCUCAACAGCUCAGCUUCCUACAGCAGGCCCUGCAAGGGAUGCAGAAGCAACUGCUAAGAAUGAGGGACCAGUUGAAGGAGAGAGAGGCCGAGCUUGAGAAGAGUAUAGAAGACAAACAGAAGCUGAAGAACCAAAUCCAAGACCUCAAGGCAGGACUGCACAAUCUGCAGACCACACAGACACUACAGCUGGAGAUGUUAAAGCGAGAUGACAGAAAGAGCGAGCAGAGUGCUAAUCAAGUCAGCGAUGUAACAGCAUCAUCUGUGGUGUCCUGCAGUCAGGAAAAAGAAGGUCUUCCAGAAAAGAAGCCUCCCAGUCCUGUGCACUCUGAGAGGGAUGCACUGCUAGUCGGUAUCAUCUCAACAUUCCUGAAUGUCCACCCGUUUGGAGCCAGCAUCGAGUACAUCUGUUCCUACCUGCAGCGUUUGGACACCAAGAUCAACCCCGGUGAGGUGGAGGCUCUUCUUUCUCGGCUGCCCUGCACCUUCAGACAGGAGUUGACUGGUGUCGGAGCCAGUCUUGAGAAACGCUGGAACUUCUGCGGCUUCCAGGGAAUUAAGAGCACAUAGACUCUGUCUACAGGUAGACAAGGCAACACAUGGAGAACACUCGAACACUGUGGAGGAAACCCACAACUAAUGAAGACGCUGGGCUCCACCUGCCCAGACAAGAGCACAAAUUAUUCACCAUGGAUCAGGAUGGGGUGUUAUGUGUAAGUGGCAGAGAGAUAUACACGAUAUAUACAGUUUUUGUGAUCGCAUAUUAAUUGGCAGCAUUUCUAUGGUGGAUGAAGAGGUGGAUGUAUCUCUAUGGUGAUAGUCGCGUCAUCUCUCUACCUUUUUUUUUUUACGGGAUUCAACCCUUCAGAGAGCCAAUCUCAGCAGAGUCAAAGGAUUGGUUGUAUUUUUAUACUUGAGCCCACAGUUGGCUCAGCGUGCUAUCAGACCCGGACUAAAGGGCUACACAGGAAGAUCAUCAGGGUCUAUUUUCAACCUCAAAACUCUCCGUCUUGCUUUUUUUGCCUCAUCUUUGAUUUUGUACAAUCAUUUAAAAUAAAUUCUUACACUUCCUUCUACUUUCUGUGUAGACUGUUAAAAGUAGACACAAGGUGGACGCAGUGAUCAGGUCAAUUUGUAGUUAUUCUGUUGAAUUACGCUCCUGUUUGGUGCCACGGUCGCAGUGUCAGUUCUUAAACGGACAAUGAAGAUGUUAAAUGCAAAUGUCUUUCACAGCGUUUAGUGUCACAGUUUAGUGUUUCUAAACUGAUAAUUUGAAUCUGAUCAUACCAGUCAUUUUUUUUUGUCUUUAUAUAUUAAGAAAAGCAGACAUUCACACGGUGCCUUCCACGUUGGGUUCAUUUAUACAAAGGCUCUUUUCUUUGCUCAGUUUUAGUCCAAAUUAUUGAAUGUGAAUUACAACAGACUCUUUUCUUCUGCUGCACUAAUGAUUAUAUUUUCAGCCACGCAGCCACAGAUGAUAAUUGUGUUCGCUGCUUUGUUGUAGCACAACGUGAAAAGGAGCUUGCUUUUGUUUGCCAGGGGGCGCAAACAAACAGUUGGGUGCUUUGUUCCUGCAAAUAUAAUCAAGGCGCUAAGCAUAGACAGUUGUUACAUGUCAGAAAAACAGUCCAGAUGAAGCAGUUAAUGGAUUAAUGGCGGAAUAACAAUUUUGAGCACAUUCAAAGGCAGCAGAAUGCAUUUAAAUUAGAGCAACACGCAACAAAAGGUGGUUUUGGGAACACUGUUUAUGGUUUAUAUCUGUCCAAUCUUAACUUCAUUAUUCCAGUUUCUUAUACUGGCUGAUAUGAAUCUGGUUCAUUUUUUACUGGUGAGUGCACAUUUAUCAUCACCCAGGCCUGAUCUCAAACUAUCAUGAAGAUGAGCUUCUACUGCCACCUGUUGGACAAACGUAACA